CUGUUUAUAUUCGGUUUGUGAACAGCCCCAUGCAUGUUCAGAUGACAGGUGCAAUAUAGGAUUGUAAACAACUUACACGAAAACAUGGAGGAGGGCUUAGAACUGUUGGAACCUACGGAGUUGUACAAUAUGCUUCAGCAGGCAACGAUAUUUUCAAACUUGACUGAUCCUAAUUACCUACUUUUAAUGGAUGCAAGAAAUAAGAAUGAAUACAAUGAGAGUCAUGUUGUUACUGCUAAAAAGGUUCCAAAGAAUGAAGAGGGCUAUUUUGUGGUACCCUAUGAUGCAGAAUUAGAAUGCAAACAGAACAUUGUGGUAUAUGACAGCAAUACAUCAACACUUAGAGAACCAGAAGCUCCUGCUUUAGACUGUGGAAGAAUGCUAUGGGAUAUGGGUAGUAGAAACAAAGUAAAAAUUCUCAAAGGUGGAUAUGAAGAAUUCUCUGCACUUUAUCCAUUUUUAAGAACACAAAAAAUCAUAUUCAUGCCAAAGGAAAUGGAUGACAACCUGAAGCCCUACCCUACAGAAAUCAUGCCUGGGUUUUUAUACCUUGGGAACUGGAGACAAGGAAAUGCUGCAUACAUCCAGAAGGAUUUGAAAGUAAAAGGACAUGUCAACUGUUGUGUAGAGUCAGAAACCUUUUUUUCAGACCCUGGUCCACAUUUACUCCACAUUCAGGUGGAAGAUGACAAUGAGGCAGACCUCUAUAGCAAAUUCCAAACUGCUUGUACAUUUAUUGACACACAUAAAGAUAACAACCAUGUGGUGCUUGUGUUUUCCAAUCUUGGAAUCAGUCGGAGUGCCACUAUUGUCCUGGCCUAUCUCAUCCACAAGUUCAAGUGGAGUCUACAGGAAGCAUAUAAUCACCUACUGAAAUGCUGCUGCACAAUAAGACCUAACCGAGGCUUCAUCCAACAGCUGUCAAAAUGGGAAGAGGCCACCUUAGGGGCAAAGAAGACAGAUAUUGAAGAUCCCAACUUUUAAAGCCAGAAAACAUUCAACUGUUUUGUACUUUAAAAAGUGAAUCAUUUAUCAUGUUAUUAUGAUGUUCAAGAAAGAUGCUAAAUUCAUGAUCACUUUUGAUCUUUUCAUUUUGAAAGUGAAACUAUUUUGACAUAAUAAACCACUGUUUUUGGUAUUAAAAGCCUGAUCUAUGAUAGAUUCAUUUUUUUAAGGAUUUGUUUAUGGUUUUAAAAAAGAAUUUGGUUACUAUAUAAAAACAUGUAUUACAGAAUAUGUGUAUCUGGAUUGUCAAUGCAUGGAUUUAAUCAAAUUACUGAUAGAAAUUUGAUAAAUUGUAUGUACAAUUUAAACAA